AUGUAUGUGAUGUCUACUAGUGGAGAGGGUGCUGAGUACCUGUGUGUGCCGCCCGACCCGGGCAUUAGGACUAGUGCGUCUGCCGCUCCAGGUACUCACGUGUCUGCUACCCCAGGUGCUGGUGAGGCAGCUGCUCUAGGUGCUUGUACGUCUGCCCCCCCUGGUACUGAGUCGACUGCAGCACUGCACACCUUCACGCUGGACUCAGGUGCUUCUCGCUGCUUCUUUCGUGACCGCACUGCCCUUGAGCCGCUUACUCGGCCAGUUGCUGUCUCCCUCGCUGACCCCUCUGGGGGUCCGGUCAUUGCGACCUCCUCCACUGUCCUUCCCUGUCCUGCGGUCCCGUCGGGCACACUGUCAGGUCUCCACCUCCCCUCGUUCUCUACGAACUUGGUGGCAGGUUGUGCACUCCAGGACGGGGGUGUUCACCAGUUCACCCCUGCCUACGAGCGCGUGACACACUGCACGUGUGCUCGUACGGGCCGCCACUUGGCUACCUUCACACGGCAGCCGGGGUCGGACCUGUACACACUGACCACUGAGUCCCCUCAGGUCGCUGCGUCUGCGUCUGCGUCCGCGUCAGGUCAGCUCUCUGCCCCCUGCUCGUGUCGCUCUCUGGCGCACGAGACUGUCCUCUGGCACCACCGACUUGGUCACCCGUCUGUGCAGCGCCUUCGUGCCAUGCACUCCCGGUACCUUGUCUCUGGUCUUCCCAGGGUCCUCCCUCCCCUCCCGCCCUCGCUCGCUCCUCCCUGCCUUCCCUGUGUCGAGGGGCGGCAGCGCGCCGCUCCUCACUCCUCCUCGUUUCCCCCGACUACUGCUCCCUUGCAGACGCUCCACAUGGACGUGUGGGGCCCAGCCCGCGUCCGUGGUCAGGGUCAGGAGAGGUACUUCCUGAUAGUUGUUGACGACUACUCGCGCUACACCACGGUCUUCCCCUUGCGCACCAAGGGUGAGGUCCCUGAUGUCUUGAUCCCUUGGAUCCGCAGAGCCCGUCUCCAGCUCAGCGAGCGUUUUCACUCGGACUUUCCUGUCCUGCGCUUGCACUCUGACAGAGGUGGUGAGUUCUCCUCCGACCUCUUGGCAGCAUACUGUGCUGAGCACGGCAUUGAGCAGUCGUUCACGCUUCCGGCCUCUCCACAGCAGAAUGGGGUUGCAGAGCGCCGCAUUGGCCUGGUCAUGGAGGUCGCCCGUACCUCCUUGAUCCAUGCGGCUGCCCCCCACUUUCUGUGGCCGUUUGCGGUCCGGUACGCUGCGCAUCAGCUCAACCUCUGGCCCCGUGUCUCCUUGCCGGAGACCUCGCCCACACUGCUGUGGACGGGGGAGGUUGGCGAUGCGUCGCGUUUCCGGGUCUGGGGAUCUCGAGCUUUUGUCCGCGAUACGUCUGCGGACAAGCUCUCCUCCCGUGCUGUUCCCUGCGUCUUCCUCGGCUUUGUCCCGGACGCGCCUGGUGCUGCUGUCGUAGACCCCCUCCCCCCUCAGGGUGCCGCUCCCUCAGGUGUGUCUCAGGUAGACCCGGUUGAGCCUGUUGAGGUAGCUGUCGACUCUCGUCCUGCUGCGGGUGCUGAGCCUGGGGGUGCGGAGCCUGGGGGUGCGGAGCCUGGGGGUGCUGAGCCUAGGGGUGCGGAGCUUUGGGGUACUGAGCCUGGGGGUGCUGAGCCUGGGGGUGCGGAGCUUGGGGGUACUGAGCCUGGGGGUGCUGAGCCUGGGGGUGCUGAGCCGCAGAGUCCGGAGUCUGGGGGUUCUGCGUCUGGAGGUCCUGAGCCUGAGAGUCCUACACCUGGAGGAGCCCUCUCCUCGGAGCAGCUGCGUGAGUGGUACUUACAGUACUGCAGCCUCAGGAGAGGUACCUCUGGGGCCAGGCGUACUACUCGGACUGGUGCUAGUGCUUCUCCUCCUAGCCGGGAGCUCCCCUCCCGUGAGCGGAUCCGUGAGUGGUACGUGCGCCGCUCCACUCUUCGGAGUGGCGCGCCUGGUGUCGCGGACCCCGCUGCUGCCGUUGGAGCUGCUGCUGGUGCUGAGGACCCGGGCGUUGAAGCUGCUGCUGGUGCUGAGGACCCGGGCGUUGGAGCUGCUGCUGGUACUGACGACCCGGGCGUUGGAGCUACUGCUGGUUCUGAGGACCCUGGCGCUGGUGCUGCUGCUGGUGCUGUGGAGUCGGGCGUUGGAGCUGCUGCUGGUGCUGAGGACCCGGGAGUUGGAGCUGCUGCUGUUGCUGAGGACCCUGGUGCUGGUGUCUCUGCUGGUUCUGGAGUCGCUGCCCGACACCGGCCGUACUUCGUUCCGCUCCUUCAGCAGGUUCUUGGUCUCCCGCCUUCUCCCGGUCCUCCUCCUCCCUUCGAGUGUCCACAGCCUGUCCAGCCACAGUUACAGUUACAGCCCGCCUCCCCACUGCCUGCUCCUUCUCCCUACACUGGUCCUACUGGAGGUCUUGCUGAGCGUCGUGAGCCUGCGUCUCGCCCUGCGUCGCCUGUCCGUGCUGCUCGCACUAGUGGUCGUGGUUCGCGUCAGCGUCCUCCUCCUGUCCCUGGCACGCACCGGAUGUCUCUGCGUCCGUCCACUACUCCUCUGCGUGCCCCUUUGCCUUCUCCUCCUGAGUCCUCUCUUCCUGCUCUUCCUGACCCGGAGUCGGACUCUCUUCGUGCUGCCAGUCCUACUGUCACGCGUCUCCUUGCUACUGUUGUCACUGACCCUUCCUUUGAGUCCACUGCUGCGUCUGCCCUAGUUACUGAGCUCGUCGACUUUGCCUCUCGCUGUCGUCUAGACUACGCUGCUAGUCUUGUCACUGAGUCUGAGUCUGUCUGUCCUCCGUCCGUCGGGGGUGAGUGUGCCCUUGGCACGGACGUCCUUGAGGACAGGCAGGAGGAGUUCCAGUGCUUGGCUGCUGCUUCACCUCAUCUCGUGUCCGUACUGCUUACCCCUGAGGGAGACCCGGAUGCACUUGACAUCCCGACUCCGCGCUCUUACGCGGAGGCGAUAGAGGGUCCCUACUCUUCUCAGUGGCAGGCAGCUAUGGAUGCAGAGAUGGCUUCCUGGAAGUCCACAGGCACCUACGUUGACGCUGUCCCCCCUCCUGGGGCGAACAUCGUCAGUGGCAUGUGGAUUUUCAGGGUGAAGCGGCCGCCGGGUUCUCCGCCUGUCUUCAAGGCGCGUUACGUGGCUCGUGGCUUCAGUCAGCGGCAGGGAGUUGACUACUUUCAGACCUUCCCACCCCGAAGAUGA